UGCAGAGCGCUGAAGGCGAUGCGCUCGGGUGCGGCCGCCAGGGCCUGCCGGAGCGCCUGUCGGUGUUGGUCGUCCGGGCGCGGGGGUCGAGUAGAUGCGGGGCCGCUCGGGAGGCCCGACGCCGAGCCCCCGGGGGCCGCGGAGGGCGGCGAGGCGCUCUUAGAGAUGUGUCAGAGGAGGCAUUUCCUUAGCGGGACCGAGCCGCAGCUCAGCCGAGAGGCGCUCCUGGGCGGGUGCCACCCCGGCUUUGGGCCCCUGGGCGUGGGCUUGCGGAAGAACCUAGCCGCAGAGUGGUGGUCCUCGGUGGUGGUGUUCAGGGAGCAGGUCUUCGCGGUGGACGGCCCCCACCACGAAGCAGGCCCUUCGCAGCCCGGGGACCGUGCCUGCAGGUUAGUCUCCCCAGAAAGUAUACGCGAGAUCUUGCAAGACAAAGAGCUUAGUAAGGAACAGCUAGUGUCCUUUCUUGAGAACGUGCUAAAAGCUGGGAAGCUACGGGAGACUCUUCUUCACGGUGCCCUAAAGCACUAUGUUACUUGCCUGGAUCUGGUAAACAGAAGGCUGCCAUAUGGCCUUGCUCAGAUUGGAGCAUGUUUCCAUCCUGUUUCAGGCCCUGAGCAGAUGCCUGGUAGUAUUCAAAGCAUCGGUGAGAGGACUGAGGCUUCCUUGGUGUGGUUUACUUCUGCAAGAACUGCAAGCCAGUGGCUGGAUUUCUGGUUGCGUCAUCGGCUUCUGUGGUGGAGAAAGUUUGCUGUGAGUCCAUCUAACUUCAGCAGCAGCGAUUGUCAGGAUGAAGAGGGACGAAAAGGAAACAAGCUUUACUACCAUUUCCCCUGGGGAAAGGAGCCCAUAGAAACCCUGUGGAAUCUAGGAGAUCAAGAACUCUUACACAUGUAUCCUGGAAAGGUGUCAGAGUUACAUGGCCGAGAUGGACGGAAAGCUGUGGUUCCUUGUGUUCUGUCUGUAAGUGGGGAUCUGGACCGAGGCGUGCUGGCUUACCUCUAUGAUUCAUUCCAGCUCACAGAGAACUCCUUCUCAAGGAAGAAAAACCUUCAUAGAAAGGUCCUGAAGCUUCACCCUUGUUUAGCUCCCAUUAAGGUCGCUUUGGAUGUGUCAAGAGGUCCAGCAGUGGAACUAAGACAGGUUUGUCAAGGACUAUUUAAUGAAUUACUAGAAAAUGGGAUUUCUGUGUGGCCUGGCUAUUUGGAGACUAUGCAUUCCUCAUUGGAACAGCUCUAUUCCAAGUAUGAUGAAAUGAGUAUCCUGUUCACAGCUCUGAUUACUGAAACCACUUUGGAGAAUGGAUUAAUACACCUAAGAAGUAGAGACACCACAAUGAAGGAAAUGAUGCACAUAUCCAAAUUAAAAGACUUUUUAAUCAAGUAUAUAGCAUCAGCUAAAAAUGUAUAGGUUUUAUUUUUAUAAUAAAUAUUCUGUUAAUUUUGUUGUCUUAAUUUAA